UUCUAAUUAAAAAAUAAUUAUUAUUUACGCUUAAUUUGGGUUGUCUUCUCCAUUUCUGUUUUGACACAACAAUGAAACUCUUGUACCAUUACCAGAAUCAAUCUCAGAGAAUGGCUUUCCUUGGACUGUUGGUCAUCCUUUUCCCCAUUUUUCUUCCUAAUUUGUUUGGCCCCUUAGGUCGUGCCUCUCCUUCUAUCUUCUCUGAGUGGAACGCGCCAAAACCCAGACACUUGUCUCUGCUAAAGGGAGCUUUACGUAGACAAUUUUCAUUUAAACGACAAUCUGAAGUCUGGUCUCCAUUACCCAAUCAAGACUGGAAACCUUGUGUUGAAUCCACAACUACACCUCCAUUGCCUAAAAAGUCUCAAGGUUAUAUUCAAGUAUUUCUUGAUGGUGGAUUAAAUCAGCAAAGAAUGGGGAUAUGCGAUGCGGUUGCUGUUGCCAAAAUAUUAAAUGCAACCCUGGUGAUCCCACACCUCGAAGUGAAUCCAGUUUGGCAAGAUUCAAGCUCAUUUGCUGACAUAUUUGAUGUGGAACACUUUAUUUAUUCCUUGCGCGAUGAAAUUUCAAUAGUUAAAGAGCUGCCAAGUGAAUACUCUUGGAGCUCUCGCGAGUAUUAUGCUACUGGUAUACGAGCCACAAGAAUUAAAACUGCACCUGUUCAUGCUUCACCUAAUUGGUAUGUGGAAAGUGUCCUGCCCGUGUUACAGAGUUAUGGCAUUGCUGCUAUAGCCCCAUUCUCUCAUCGUUUAGCUUUUGACAACUUGCCAACAGACAUCCAACGCCUACGUUGUAAAGUCAACUUUCAAGCAUUAGUUUUCGUUCGCCAUAUUAGGGUGUUGGGAGAUAUCAUUGUUCAUCGCCUCCGUCAUCCUCCUGCCAAACUUCAUACUUCAGGGACUGAGCUCCUUCGGGAGAGAAUAGAUGAUGAUGAGGUCACAGGAGCGGGGAAGUUUGUUGUGUUACAUCUUCGCUUUGAUAAAGAUAUGGCCGCUCAUUCAGCUUGUGAUUUUGGUGGUGGAAAAGCCGAAAAACUGGCAUUGGCCAAAUACCGCCAGGUAAUUUGGCAGGGCAGAGUCUUAAACGCACAGUUCACUGAUGAAGAGUUGAGAAAUCAGGGGCGUUGCCCAUUAACUCCAGAAGAAAUUGGGUUGCUGCUAGCAGCUUUGGGCUUCAACAAUAGCACUCGCCUCUAUCUUGCUUCACACAAGGUUUAUGGUGGAGAAGCCAGGAUCUCAACUUUACAAAAAUUGUUUCCAUUAAUGGAAGAUAAGAAGAGUAUUGCCUCUGCAGAGGAACUGGCCAUGGUCGAUGGCAAGGCUUCUUUGUUGGCAGCUGUUGACUACUAUGUAAGCAUGCAGAGUGACGUCUUCAUUUCUGCUUCUCCAGGCAACAUGCACAAUGCUUUGGUUGCACACCGAGCUUACUUGAAUUUGAAGACCAUAAGACCAAAUAUGACACUAUUGGGCAAGCUCUUCCUGAACAAGAGCAUGGAAUGGUCAGAGUUUCAGCAUGCAGUUCUUGGUGGGCAUAAAAAUAGACAAGGGCAGCUAAGGCUACGAAAAGCGAAACAAUCCAUAUAUACGUAUCCUGCUCCCGAUUGCAUGUGUCAAGCUUAAUAAAAGUGGUUGAGAAGGCUGCUGCUGUUUUUUUAUGAAUAUGAUUAUCAAAUGCUACUGUUAUUUCUGGUUAGCUUAUGGUAACAAUUUUGGUAACAUUGGAUAUGAUCAAUGCCUAAAUUAAUGGAGGAGCUUGUGUUGGGUGAUAGAUCGAACUCAGUGAAAACAACAGGGCUACUAGUUAUGUAAAAGGAUAAGUGAAAUUUUCUUGUACAAAAUUAUAUGCACACAUUUUUAAGUUCAUAGAUUUUAAAUUAAUGAUAAACUUGUACAAUGACA